CUUCUUCUUCCCUCUCUCAGGCCGGCGAAGUUGCCACCGUUAUGAGCCGCUACGACGGCCGCUCCGGCGACCCGACCUCCUACCGCGACAGGAGAAGCGAUGUGGGUUACAGUGAUGGGGGCCUUUCGAGCCAGAGCAGGAGUUAUAAAUCCUCUAGCGUGAAGGAGACUGAAAGAGUGGUGGAUUUGGAUGGGUUGGUGCCGUUCGAGAAGAACUUCUAUAAAGAGUCUUCUUCGGUGGCUUCGAUGAGCGAGGUUGAGGUCGGGGAGUAUCGUCGUAAGAGAGAGAUCACGGUGGAGGGACGGGAUGUUCCGAGGCCCGUUAGGGAUUUCCGAGACAUUGGCUUUCCUGAUUAUGUUAUGCAAGAAAUCACUAAAGCUGGGUUUGUUGAACCCACUCCCAUUCAAGCUCAAGGGUGGCCAAUGGCCAUGAAGGGUCGUGAUCUUAUCGGUAUUGCUGAAACAGGAUCGGGAAAGACAUUGGCUUAUCUAUUGCCUGCCAUUAUUCAUGUGAAUGCUCAGCCAAUUUUAGCACUUGGUGAUGGUCCUAUUGUUUUGGUCUUGGCUCCGACACGUGAACUUGCUGUUCAGAUACAACAAGAGGCAACUAAAUUUGGGUCAUCAUCGAAGAUAAAAAAUACGUGCAUAUAUGGUGGUGUUCCAAAGGGUCCUCAGGUUCGAGAUCUCCAAAAAGGUGUUGAAAUAGUUAUUGCCACACCAGGCCGGUUGAUUGAUAUGUUAGAAUCACAUCAUACUAACUUAAGGAGGGUGACAUACCUUGUACUGGAUGAGGCGGAUCGUAUGCUGGAUAUGGGAUUUGAGCCGCAGAUCAGGAAGAUUGUCUCUCAGAUUCGACCUGACCGUCAAACUCUUUAUUGGAGUGCUACUUGGCCCAAAGAAGUCGAACAACUUGCUAAACAGUUCCUUUACAAUCCCUACAAGGUGAUUAUUGGUUCUGCUGACUUGAAAGCUAAUCAUGCUAUUCGCCAGCAUGUAGAGAUUGUAACAGAGACUCAGAAAUAUAACAAAUUAGUCAAGUUACUGGAAGAUAUUAUGGACGGAAGCCGGAUAUUGAUAUUCCUCGACACCAAAAAGGGUUGCGACCAAAUCACGCGACAGCUACGGACUGAUGGUUGGCCUGCUCUCUCAAUCCACGGAGACAAGAGUCAAGCUGAGAGGGAUUGGGUUCUCUCGGAGUUUAAAGCUGGAAAAAGUCCCAUAAUGACGGCCACUGAUGUUGCCGCUCGUGGUUUGGAUGUAAAGGAUGUGAAAUAUGUAAUAAAUUACGAUUUUCCUGGAUCUUUAGAGGAUUAUGUUCAUCGUAUAGGACGAACAGGGCGAGCUGGAUCUAAAGGAACAGCGUACACUUUUUUCACAGCAGCGAAUGCCAGAUUUGCAAAAGAUCUCAUUAACAUACUCCAGGAGGCUGGACAGAAGGUCUGCCCUGAACUUGCUUCCAUGGGCCGAGGCGCCCCUCCACCUCUGCCUGGAGGUGGCCGCGAUAGAGGUAGGGGUUUUGGUGGAGGCCGCCCAUGGAACUAAUUGUCAUUCGGAAGGCACUGCUCUCACCCAAGCAAUCUAGACCCAAACAACUAGUCUUUAUUAAGUUUAAAGAGUAAUGUGUAUUAUAUUUUACUCUUUGAGACCUCAUAGAUAGGUUGUAUUGACUCAAAAGGGGUCUUCUGCAAUUGUUUAGCAGAAACAAUAUUGCAAUUAUUUCUGUCUCAUGUUUUUAUUAUUAGUGUACAAUAUACAUAUAUAUAUUUUUUAAUUCAACAGAGCUUUUCCUAUGACUCACUGAAACAGU